UUUUUUUUUUUUUUUUUUAAAGAGGCACAGCCGCACUGGUUUGAAUGGUUUCCUGCUACAUUAACAAAGUUGGUAUCUACAUUUUUAAAGAAUACCGUCAAAUAUUAUAGUUUUUGUUAUUCGUUUGAAGUUAGAUAUUAAUUAUGGAACCGGGCGCGGCGACUCCGGUCGGCUUCAGACAGCGUAAGUUAUUACCCUCAAAGCUCAGAAUGAGGGGAUCAGCACCUGACAUGGCAGACCCAAACCAGCUCUUUGACGACACUAGUGCCCAUGCGGGGUCACCUGCCAUGGGAUACAGAGGUCAGGAAACGCCAGGGAUGGGUUUCCAGGCACAGGCCCUGCUCACAGAGCCCAUGUCUAACUUCGCUGUGGCCUACGGGAGCAGUCUGGCUAGCCAAGGAAAGGAAUUGGUGGACAAAAAUCUUGACAGAUUCAUCCCCAUCUCAAAGCUGAAGUACUACUUUGCAGUAGAUACAAUUUAUGUGGGAAAGAAAUUGGGGCUGCUGGUCUUCCCCUACAUGCAUCAGAACUGGGAGGUGAGGUAUCAGCAGGAUACUCCAGUGGCCCCCCGAUUUGAUAUAAACGCCCCAGAUCUUUACAUUCCAGCCAUGGCUUUCAUUACCUACAUACUGGUAGCUGGGUUAGCACUGGGAACACAAAACAGGUUCUCCCCGGAGAUCCUGGGAAUACAGGCCAGUUCUGCUCUGGUGUGGCUGAUCAUUGAGGUGUUGGUCACCUUGUUGAGUCUGUACCUGGUGACUGUCAACACAGACCUCACCACCAUCGACCUCAUAGCCUUCUCGGGGUACAAGUAUGUGGGAAUGAUUGUGGGGGUCGUGUCUGGGCUGCUGUUUGGCAGGACUGGUUACUACUUGGUGUUGCUGUGGUGUUGUAUAGCGAUCGUUGUAUUCAUGAUCCGCUCUCUGAGGCUGAAGAUCCUCUCGGAAGCAGCCGCUCAGGGCGUGUUAGUCCGGGGAGCGAAGAACCAGCUACGCACGUACCUGACCAUGGCCAUCGCUGCUGCCCAGCCCGUCUUCAUGUACUGGCUCACCUACCACCUGGUCAGGUGAACCCUGCAACACACACUUACACACAGAAGAAUCCAACAGUCAAGUUCAGCCUUUAGGCAUCUAACAGAGAACUCAGAGCUCGACGAACAAGCAUUUCAACUACGAAAACCAUUGAGAGCGUUUCACUGAUGGACUGGUACAGAAUGUUAAAUUGCUAAAGUAGAAUAUUAGAUGACUUUUGUUCUUCUAGAAUUAUGUACAGCUUUGGCCAAAAAAUUGAAAAAUGUGACGUUGUUGAAAUCCAACUUAAAAUACUAUACUACUAUUAGGGCUUCCAGUAGCAAUAUCAUUUUGUAGUUUAUUUGAUUUGCAUGAUGUUAAAUUAAAAGAUCUAAUGUGUUUUUUUGUUUUGUUUUGUUUUUAAUUAUUUUUCAUUGUCUCAAUCUUAAAUUCUAGGUGAAGCCAAACUUUUGGCCAAAGCUGUACAGUCCUUUUUUACACAGUGAUUGUCGUCUUAGCUAAAAACAGCAAGCCCUUGGCAUUCUCUAAGGAUCUGUGCUGGCCAUUAUAUCAUUGGCUAUAUAUAUUUUUUUUAAUUAAGACUAUUACCUCUUGUUGCUGCUGUUGUAAAAUGAAUUAUUAUAAAUUACUGUUCAACAGAUUCUCACGCUCUCAAUAAUCUGUGCUAACACCCUUGGCAAGUUUUGUUGCAAUUACUAAUUGUCUCAUUAGCAGUGUGCAGUGUGAGUAUAAGUAAUCUAAUAUACUUUGUGUGAAAGUCCUUUCCAAGUUUGAUCAUAACUGGACAAGUGGUUCUGCCAAAAAAGUGACGUGUACGGGCAGCAACAAUGUGGGAUCAAAACGUUUCUCUUCUUUAUUUUCUGCUUUGAAGCUUUCUGUAUGUAAAUAAUGCAGGCUGGCCCUCCCAAUGACUACAGCAGGGUUUUUUUAAUAUUUUUUUUAGCCUAUAACCAUGAGUCCAUCACAAGAUUUUAAUAGAUAGGUAUGAGUAAUACCCUGUGCUUUUUAAAACCUGUUUCUGAGUGUUUGACGUCUAUCUUUUAUUGCAAGCAUAUUUUUUUCCCCUACUAGCCACAGUAGAGAGAAAUAGUAAAUGAAAAAGUACGAUAGUUGCAGUUUCUUGGUUAAGUUGAAUGAGCAUGCAAUGCUGAGUUUGUGCCAUCCAUCUAUGUGUACUGUAGGUGUUUUUGUUUUUAUAUAAUUUAUCCUGUAAAGGGAGAUGAAACAAUUAAAAAUAUCCAAAUCAAA